GGCGUCUUCAUCGCCCUCUUGCUGCCCUGUAAUCGCGUCCUUGGAGCAUUGCAGACACAUCAUGUCGUCGGAAACCGGACGUAAGGCAAUUGAUUUGUCGAAUCACCUGUCCGAGCUCUCGAAGCGCAGGAAGGUGUCGCCUCUGAAGGGACUGGCAAAGUACAUGAAUAACCCAAAUGUCAUACCAUUGGCCGGUGGGAUGCCUCAUCCAGACUACUUCCCCUUUGCCGACGUUUCGGCCAACGCUCUUGCUUCUGACUCCUUCACUCUUGAGCCGAAGCGGGAGUCGUCCUCGUUAUCCUGGGUCUGGAAGCUGUUCGGUGCAGGCAAGGAAAAGACCAGCCCAAUCAAUGUACCAAAAUAUGCAAGCGACCCCGUCAAUGAAGUUAAUCUGGCCGUCGCCCUGCAGUACGGCACCGCGCAGGGCAUCGUUCCCCUUCAGAAGUUCAUCAAGGAAUUCGUUACCAGGGUAUACCAGCCUGCAUACUCAGACUUCGCCACCCUCGUACAUACUGGUAAUACCGACGGGUGGGCGCGAGCGGUCCUUACGCUGUGCAACCCGGGCGAGAUGUACAUCACUGAAGAGUGGUCCUACCCGUCCGCAAUGUUCGCAAGCCAGCCAUACAACGUGAGGCCAACCCCGAUUGCUAUGGAUGCUGAGGGUAUGCGCGCCGAUGAUCUCUACAAGACGCUGGACGAGUGGAAUGAGGAAGAGCGCGGUGCAAAGCGGCCUCACGUUAUGUACACUGUGCCAGUGGGCCAAAACCCGAGCGGUGCAACAAUGGGCGAGAAGCGCAAGAAAGAGAUCUACGCCAUCUGUGUCAAGUUCGAUAUCAUCAUCGUCGAGGAUGACCCGUACUACUUCCUUCAAGAGGGUCCUUACAAGCCCAAGUCUGAGCGCAGCACAGUGUCUGUCAAGCACGAUCAGUCCGAGUUCCUCUCGAGCCUCGCUCCGAGCUACCUGAAGUUUGACUACCAGGGGCGAGUCAUUCGAAUGGACACCUUUUCCAAAUAUAUCGCACCUGGUAGUCGACUUGGUUAUUUUACCUGCAGCCCUCAGAUGGCCGAACGUCUUGAGCGGCAGGGAGAGACUAGCACACAAGCGCCUUGCGGCUUCGGACAAUCCCUCAUCACUCAAUUGUUGACAACCUGGAAGUAUGACGGUUACGUCAGGUGGUUGCACGGACUCGCCGUCGAGUACAAGGCCCGUCGUGAUUACUUCAUCGACACCCUGUUCGAGGAGUUCCAUGUGCGCCAGAGCUAUUCGACGGAGUCGAUUUGGGCUGGCUGCGAGGUGUACGAUUGCUAUGCCAAGCCUACAGAUACUGUCGAGAAGACGUCUUACCGCAAGCUGUUCACCUUCAUACCGCCGACUUCGGGCAUGUUCGUCUGGCUUUCCAUGGACUUCGAAUCGCACCCUUCAUUCAAGGAGGGCGAGGAAGAAACGCUCGAGAUGCAGCUUUUCAUAAAUCUUGCCGAGGCUGGCGUGCUCGUUGCCCCGGGUUGGUAUUUCGCUGCCGACGAGGAUAUGAAUGAUAGGGGCCGGGGUCACUUCCGUAUCAGCUUCAGCAACGCCGAGUUCCCGACGAUGAAGAAUGCCAUAAAGAUCCUUGGCGAGGUCGUCAAGGAUUUCUUCAAGGAGCAUUGACUGAAGAAGCACUGACCGAAGGAACAUUGAGACUCCAGGGCGAUAUGCGAUGUAAAUUUAGAGCUAGGGAUUUACUUGGAUAAUAAAGAAAAGGCUGCCGUUACCUGGCG